UGCAUCCGAGCUUAAAGCAGAAAGAACUAGAGCGCCGUAAUCUCUGAUGACCACUGAUGGAAAGGAAAGUCCUAUUUAGCUUAGCAGCUCGAAUGUAAAAACUGUUGUGGCUACAUCUAACAAAAUGUAUCAUUACAUCUACAGAAAGUUAAGGGGGGGUUGAAGUGGCCUUAGCCUUGUGAGGCAGCCUCAGCAUUCUGGGGAAUGGAGUUGGCAGGUUUCUCAGGUGGGAAUGGAGGUAAAGUUUCUUGAGACUGUUUCUGAGUUCCAGUGGUGAGAAAAGUGUUUAUAGUAGUGUCGUAUGGCAGAAGGGAGGUCAAGGAAACACAGCCUGGUUUGGAGGGGACAUCUGCAUCCUUCACUGUGGUCCCAAACCAUGAAUAUUGUGGGGCAGUUUGCGGAGACAGUGUUCGUGACGGUGAAGGAGCUGUACCGCGGGCUGAACCCUGCCACGCUGACCGGGGGGAUCGAUGUCAUCGUAGUGCGACAGCCCGAUGGAUCCUUCCAGUGUUCCCCCUUUCACGUCCGCUUCGGCAAACUGGGUGUGCUGCGCUCCAAAGAGAAAAUUGUGGACAUUGAGAUCAACGGAGAAUCAGUUAACCUGCACAUGAAGUUAGGGGACAAUGGAGAAGCUUUUUUUGUGGAGGAAAAUGAAAACGAGGAGUCCCAGGUCCCAGCCCAUCUGUGCACCUCCCCAAUUCCACUUGAGGCCGCUGAGGAGAUCGAGGAGACCCCUGAGGGAGCCUCCAUCACCGGCUCUGGUGCUCGCAGGAAGAAGCGUCGUCGCAAACGCAUCCGAUCUGAUACUCACCUGAGAGAAGAGGCCAGCUCCUCAUCAGAGGAGAGAGAAAGAGAAAAGGAGUGGGAGAGAGAAAGUGAUCCGGCCAGGCAGGAUAGCCCUGCUCAAGAUGAGCCCCUCACACCACUGCAAGUCAGUAAGUCAGUAUAUUACUCGAUGUGAGAGCCAAAUGAGAAUCUGGGGGCCACACAGACAAGAGACACUCAUCCACACUCUGAUGGAGAGCAGUCACCCACAGAAAGCAAUGUGUUCUACAGCCGAUCAUCUUCUCCUAAGAGCGACUCUGAGCUUUUAGUUAAACCCCAGGAGUCGUCUGGGCCUCAGAUGCAGUGGAACUGGGGAGGUUUUCCCAUGCUGUGUCAAUCUGAGCGGACACCGUUGGAGUUACAGCGCGUCUCCCCUCCCGACAGUUCUCAUUUCCGCACCAUUGAGAGACAGGACUCGUUUGACCUGAGCUAUGAGCCUGUGAUCAGCAGCGGCAGGGUGGGCAGUGUUACAGUGGUCAGGCCACAGCCCAGGACACCGUCCCUAGACCUGAGCAACCACACUAUGCAGACGCCCCCUUUUUCUUUGGAGAAGAACUCGCACAUGGCCCAUUCCACUCCCACCGACCUCUCUGAGUUUUGUGCAUCAUCAGCGAAGACUAAUUUGGACUCAACACAGGCGAUAGGAAACACAUUAGAGGAAGAGGAGAACAGAGACUCGCCUUCCUGUUCAGAUAAUCAAACUAAUGCCGCAGAUACUGUUGCUAGCAAAGAAAGCACAAUCAGCACCGUGACUGACGGUGUGACCAAACCAAACGACGCACAAAUACAACUCAUUAAAGAAAGAGACGACUGCACAGUUACAGCAACAAGUCCAAGUAGUACAGAGGUAUCAAAUCCACCACAGCAGGGGGCCUUAUCGGAGCAGAGGGAGCAGGGUUCCAACGGCAGUGCCCCAGUCAGCGAGGGGGACAGCGGGAUAGAUCCCUGCGCUGAGGGAGGGGAGGAGGACGGAGGAGCUGCAGGGACUGAAGGGCCAGCAGGAGGCUCACUGACAAACAAAACCGAGGGAUUAGCGAACCCUUCUGAGGCAUCCUCCAAAGUGGAGCAACAUGGCACGAAGAAAGGUAAACGUAAUCACCAUCUUGGACCAACCGAUAUUUACUUGGAUGACCUGACCAAGUUGGAACCCGAAGUGGCUGCACUCUACUUCCCCAAGAGUGAAACCGAGGGAGCGUCUCAGCUUGGGGGGGAGCAGGGCUCCUGCUCGGGGAGCCAGUCUCCUCAGUCAGUGGGCAGUGGGGCCAUGGACAGCGGGACAGAGUACCUGUCAGAUUCCACCUCCUACAACAUGGACGUCAGAAUGUCCCUCUGCGGACAAGUGGGAGACACUAGUCAAAUCACUAAAGAAAAGUUCAUGGAGCACAUCGUGACCUACCAGGAUUUCGCCAACAAUCCAGGAAUCAUUGAGGAUCCAAACCUUGUGAUCUGCAUCAACUCCAACUACUAUAACUGGGCCGUGGCUGCUCCGAUGGUCUUGUCAAUGACAACGUUCCAGAAAAGUCUACCCAAGAGUGCGAUAGAGCAACUGGUGAAGGACAAAAUGCCCAAAAAGUCUGGACGCUGGUGGUUCUCCUGGAGGAGGAGACAAAUGGACAAUAGCCAGCAAAAGGACUCAAAGGAGGAACAAGAGGAGCCACUGGCAACUGUUUCUUCCACAGUACAAGCGACAUUGGAUGACAUCGACAGUGACGAGGCGGCGGGCCUCGGCCGAGAAGCCUUUCUUCCUUCCGACCUAUCAACAGAAACCCUUAACGCCACUCAAUGUAUCACACAGAUCUAUCGCAAAUCACUGCGCCUGACCACUGAACAGAUAGAGCAUCUCAACCUGCGUGAAGGAGCCAACAAGGUGGUGUUCAGUGUGACCACACAGUACCAAGGCACCUGUCGCUGUGAGGCUGCCAUCUACCUUUGGAACUGGGACGAUCGAGUCAUCAUUUCAGACAUAGACGGCACAAUCACAAAGUCUGAUGCUCUGGGUCAUAUUCUCCCUCAGUUUGGAAAGGACUGGACACACAAAGGCAUCGCAAAACUCUACCACAAAAUACACCAAAACGGCUAUAAGUUCCUGUAUUGUUCAGCGCGGGCCAUAGGUAUGGCUGCCAUCACCAAGGACUACCUUCAGUGGGUCAAUGACAAAGGCAUAGUCCUUCCUCAAGGCCCUGUGCUGUUGGCCCCCAGCAGCCUCUUUUCAGCACUACACAGAGAGGUUAUAGAGAAGAAACCAGAGGUGUUUAAAAUUGCCUGUCUGAGCGACAUCAGGGACCUGUUCAACCCCCAGAGGAAGCCCUUCUACGCGGCCUUUGGCAACAGGACUAAUGAUGCGUUUGCCUAUAAGCAGGUUGGGGUGCCCGACACCAGGUUAUUUACAGUCAACCCAAAAGGAGAGCUCAUCCAGGAGAGGACUAAAGUCAGCAAGUCCUCGUACAGCCACCUCAGUGAGUUGGUGGAACAUUUCUUCCCCAUGCUCUCUGUCGGGGGCAGCACGUCCUCCGCUUUGGACUGUCCUGACUACAGCAGUUUCUCCUAUUGGAAAGAGCCUCUGCCAGAACUGGACCUGAAUGCGCUACUGUAGACACACAGACACGUUUUAAAGCAACCAUCAUAACUCUAUAUUUUAUCUCCUUUUUCCAGCAUGCCUGAAUAUUGCCUUUGACCGGACUGCCGACUGUAGUGCCUGAUUAUGAGACAGAAUAAAGGAAGAGCCAAAUUAAGUUAUAAAGUGCAUGGACUCAACAUUUCAAACAUAAGUGUCCACACAUAAUGCAGUACUUAAUCUCAGUGCUUUAUCACUGAGGAUGGCUGUUAACACACUAUUAAUUUAUUUUAAGGUGACACUCCUACAGGGAAAACAACUGGACACAUGUGCCUUUGGACUUUUUGAGUUAUUGCGUGUACCAUCAGUCAUUCCAGAAUUUGAAUUGAACACUGUCACACAUUUCAGCUCUAAACACUUAUCGUAAAAUCCUGCACAGGCCAAAACUAAUGCCAGUUUUGUGUGACUAAUAUGGAGAUGUUCAGUUCCUGCUUAAAGCUCAAACAUCUGGAAACACGGAUACAAAACAAACCUGUUACUCUUCAUCCAGUUGCUAUGUGUCGUUGAAAUAACAGAAUGUCUUUGUCUUGAGCAUUGUGGGGAAGAUGCUACAUGUACCAAGCAACCAAAUAUUGUAUGAGAAUGUUUUUAAAUGCUUUGUUUGUUUUUUUCAGGGUCUAGUGUAUUUAACUGAGGGUUAUCCCUGAGCAAUACUCCGUUGUUGUCAAGCACAAGAGUGUUUUCUAAGGAGAGCUUUGGAUGGGAAGUUGGAUUUUAUUUUCUCUGGUAAUUGCGGAAUCAAAGCCUGCAGUUGAAUGUGGAGUAGUAGUUUGUGGUGAGGGAUUCUAGGAGUUUAUUCUUCUCCCAGACUGCACUGCCAAUUUUAGAAAUGUUUGUAGGCCUACACUACAUGAAUGCGAAGGAGGGUCAGAUUUACUUUUAUUCCAGAUAAGUGUAAAGGGACCUCGGAGGGGACAACAGUGUUUUAGCCUGGCCAAGUGCCUUAUGUUGGUUGACUGUUAUAUUUAUUCAUUCUAAAUAUCUUUUGUUGUCAAACUGUGUGGAUAUGCAUUGGAGAUCAUUAUUUUAAACCAAAUGUAUAUACAUAUAAAUAAAAUGUAUAUUCAACACCA